UGUGGGGUACAAAGACGAGGUAGACAUUAAAAACCAUGUUAAGCACUAUUAUUGCACACUGAGUGAGUCCAUGCAACUUGAUAAGCUAUUUUUCACCCUUUUCUCUUUCCAGUUGUGUCGUGAGUCUCCAAGUGUCUGAGACUGAUGAAGUAGGCUAAUCGCCAUGCCGAUCACUCAUCUGUUGCUGUCUGUUUACAUUGCCACCUUCCUGAUUGGGGUACCUGCCAACAUCCUGGCAUUCUGCACCUUUUGCCAAAAGGUGCGCCGCAAACCUGCCCCCAUCGACAUCCUGCUCCUCAACCUGACCAUCUCCGACCUCAUCUUCCUCACUUUUCUGCCCUUCAAGAUGAAGGAGGCUGUUGAUGACAUGAACUGGAACCUCCCCUUCUUCUUGUGUCCAGUCACUGGUUUCCUGUUCUACUCCACCAUCUACAACAGCACCCUCCUCCUGACCGCGGUGAGUGUGGAGCGCUACCUUGGUGUGGCCUUCCCUAUCAGAUACGCCCUGUGUCACAGGCCACGCUAUGCUGUGGUGGCCAGUAUCAUAUGUUGGGUGGUGUCAUCACUGAACCUUAGCGUCGUGUACAUUGUGCCCUGCUCCCACUGGAUAUAUAGCAAUGGGACCAUUAUGGACGAUCCCCCGACAACGUGCUACCUGAACUUCACCCAAGGCCAGCUCAGCAUCCUUCUCCCAGUGCGUCUGGAGCUGUUCCUGGUCCUCUUCUGCGUCCCCUUCCUGGUCUGCACCUUCUGCUAUGUCAACUUCAUCCGUAUCCUGUCUCGGUUGCCCAACAUCGGGCGGCGGCGGCGCCUGCGGGCCAUUGGGCUGGCACUGGGCACCCUUUUGGUGUUUGCCCUCUGCUUUGGGCCCUACAACGUAUCCCACGUGGUGGGGUUCGUCCGGAAAGACAGCGAGAGUUGGAGGGAUGUAGCGUUGCUCUCCAGUACCCUCAACGCCUGCCUGGACCCCAUCAUCUUCUAUUUCUCCUCGGUGGCUGUCAGGAGCAUGCUCAGUCACUGCUUCAGGAGCUUCGUGGCUACACUACACAUUUUAAAGUGUGAGAGGGGUCAAGUCUGAUAGGGGUCAGCCUCCAAGACUGAUAAAUACAGAAAAACAUGCCCCCCUUGAGUGUUUAUGUUUCAAUUAGUCAUGCAUGAAGAUGUAUGUAUGUUCAGUGCAAUUAUGUAUAUUAUAUGUAUUAGGUAUACUCUGUUAUGUGAUGUAACUCAAAGAUCAUCUAUGAUAAAUUACAUUCCCUAAAACUGUACCACAAUUAUAGUAUAACCAUUACCCAUACCUCCACAAACCAUAUUUAUAUUUAAUUUAAAAAUGAAUAAAUCGAUCAUCCGUAUUACUUAAAUCGUUUAUAUUACAGUACAUGUACUCUAACCAGUAGGUUACAUUCAAUAAAAAAUAUACUUG